CCACCCCCCCCCCCCCUCUCCUCUCCCCCGAGCGCCGGCUUCACCUCGCUGUUCCCCUCCCACUCUGCGUCUUCUUUGGCUAGCGGCGACCACAGGGAGGCGGCGCAGCCCUUGGUCAGGUCUUCAUCGGGCGCUUCGCCGGCGACGAGCAUCCGCCAGGUCAUGGCAGAGACCAUAGAUUUAUCAGGGGACGGAGGUGUUCUUAAGACGGUGGUCCGUAAAGCAAAGGAUGAUGCUAUAGCGCCAUCCGAUAGUCUGCCCUUGGUUGAUGUUCAUUACGAAGGCACACUUGCUGAGAAUGGUGAAGUUUUUGACACCACCCAUGAAGACAAUUCUAUUUUCUCAUUUGAAAUUGGACAGGGUGCUGUCAUCAAAGCAUGGGAUAUAGCCUUAAGAACUAUGAAGGUUGGCGAGGUUGCAAAAAUUACAUGCAAGCCAGAAUAUGCAUAUGGAACUGCGGGCUCACCACCGGAGAUACCUCCUAAUGCAACCCUUAUUUUUGAGGUGGAGUUAGUAGCUUGCAGGCCGAGGAAGGGUUCAAGUUUGGGCAGUGUCUCUGAUGAGAAAGCCAGGCUUGAGGAACUUAAGAAGCAGCGAGAGCUAGCUGCUGCUACCAAAGAGGAAGAGAAAAAGAAGAGGGAGGAAGCAAAAGCCGCCGCAGCAGCCAGGGUGCAAGCAAAGCUCGACGCCAAGAAGGGGAAGGGAAAAGGGAAGGGAAAAUAGAUCACAAGGUUGCUGCUGAUUACUGUAACCUAGAAAAUAAUCUGGGAGCAUCCAAGUCAAGCUUGGUUACUUACUAGCUACUGUGCUUGAUGAACGCUGCCCCCUUGCUUCAGUCCCGCACUUUUGCACUGAAAGAGUGAAAGGUGCAAAAUAAGGAGAGAAAUAUUUGGCAUCUACGCGGAUCCCGUUUGCUUUACCAAUCGACAUCACUGCUGAUUUGGGAUAACAUGUUCUUGUCUGAUAGACUAACAUGUUUGUACCUGAAUGCCAAAGUAUUGAAAUUGAGUGACAUUGAAUAGUAGCACUCUACAGAGCUAAUAAUCAAUUAAUCAUUGAGGGGCUCGGAUUUCAUA